GGAGUGGUCAGACAACGGGCGUAAAGUUAGUUCUCGUGACAUCUUUGCCUCGUCGUUUAAAAGACGAGCGGGUCCGAUACGUCAGGAAAUAAUAAUCGGCGACGUGCUUCCGCGUGUACCGUGCCCCCGACAAAAAUGUAAUAUGGCGAUGGUCGCGUCGAAUAUGAGCGGCCACAUACAGAAGCAGCUCACCAGAAGCCUCGAGCGAAUCCUGGAGGAAGCACACUUGAGCGGCGAGCUCAAGCUCAGCGGCCGGAAGCUAAAGGACUUCCCGAAAGUCGGGAAAACUGGCUGCAGCAAAUACAACCUCCAGGAUACGGUCUUCGCCGAUCUCUCGAAGAACCGCUUCGCGGAGUUACCGGAAGAGGUCACAGAAUUUCCGUUCCUGGAGAAGCUUCAUCUCUAUCACAAUGCCAUACGAAUCAUACCGGAAACUGUGGCGAUGCUGCAGUCCCUCAACUACCUCGAUCUUAGUCGCAACCAAUUGACGUCUCUACCUCGAGAGAUAUGCAGGCUACCGUUGCAAACGUUGCUGGUGGCGCACAAUAGAUUAGCAUCUCUGCCGGACGAAUUGGGGAGGAUGUCAGCCCUGGCUGAGCUAGACGCAGGUUGCAACGAAAUUACAAGUCUGCCACCUCGGAUGGGCGACCUUGCACGACUUAGGUCCCUCGAUUUGAGGAGCAACGUGCUCGUGCACCUGCCUAUAGAACUGACGUACCUGAGACUCGUGAAGCUGGAUAUCAGCGGGAACCGAAUAUCCGUGCUUCCGAACGAGAUGAGGAAAAUGAAGAGCCUGGUGGACUUUCGGCUCUCCGACAAUCCUUUGACCUCGCCGCCUGCCUCGCUAUGCAUUCGCGGGCGAACGCACAUCUUCAAAUAUUUGGAGAGACAGGCGGCGAAGCACGAGAGGGCCAGAGGGGGGCGCGUGAGGCGGACGCCAUUGGAUGUCAGAGGUCACGCCACCUUGGACACCAGGGCCCACAGACGCCACAACGUCGACAGCGGGUACAGCACCAGCGAUGGCGUCGACAAACGCUGGUCCCAAGAAAUCCACAGCGCGGUCGACGGCGAGAUUCGAGGGCUGUGGCGUCAGGAGUGCUCGCCACUGUCGAUAACUCUGCCCCACGAGGCGGGCGUGAACGGGUCCUGCAGCGGAACGUCGACCCCCAGCACCAUCUCGCCAGGCGAGCACACGUCUCUCGAGGACGAGCUGGGCAAGGCCAUAAUACUGCACGAUCAGUUGGAGAAGAGGAGGCUGGAGAGGAGCACCUCGGAGAAUGGCGCCGAUGUCAGACGACCGAUGACCUCUGGCCUCUACCACGCGUCAAUUACGCCGCCCGGCCCUCUCGAAACCAGUCACUUGAACCAAACGCAGCCGGCGUCGGCGAUCACGCAGUCGGUGCAACCCUUGCAAAACCCUGUUGCAAACUCCACCCCUUUGGCCAACGGAGAGGAGAAGAGGCCCCUCAAUCACAUCCAAACGUACAGAGAGUACAAAGAAGCAUUGAGACAGCAAAGGGUCAACGAAGGGCCCAGCGUGUACAGGCCCAGGGAGCAGGUGACGCCACCUGGCAACGACUCCCAGGACCCAGAUUCCACCAGCAACAAGGAGGCGGUGGCCCUGACAGGGAAGCAGAUCUUCAACGAGGAGAACGCGACGAAGAGACCGGUGCAGAAAGUGACACCGUCGCGCAUCAACUACCAGAACACGCCGAUCAUCAACGGGAGCAACAACGAGUACAACAAUAAGAACGGCAAGUAUCUCGAGCAGCCGUACAAGAAACCUAAUUCGCCAAUCAAAACGUCGUCGAGCAUCUUGUCGUCGAGCUCCAGCCCCGGACACACUCCCAGACUAGUCAAAACCGCCGUAGGCUACGUGGAAGGUAACAAAAGCCCCAGUAGGAACGGAGGCAGUCCAAAGUCGCCGCGAUCCGUCACCUGGAACAGCAACGUGCCAGAAAAGUACUCCUUCACCAUGAGAAGGGAAUUCGAACGUGCCAAGGAAGAGGCUGACCUGAUCGAGCAACUCCGAAGCCACAUAGAAACGAGAUUGAAGAUGGCGCUGCCGGAGGACCUGGCGCCUGCGCUUACAGACGGAGUUGUUCUGUGUCAUUUAGCGAAUCACGUGAGACCCAGAUCGGUCGCCAGCAUCCACGUCCCAUCACCAGCCGUUCCCAAGCUGACAAUGGCGAGAUGCAGACGUAACGUCGACAACUUCCUGGAGGCGUGUCGGAAGAUCGGCGUCGACGAGAAUCUCGUGUGCUGCGCCAGCGACGUCCUAGAGGGCGGUAGAGGAGUGGUUCGCGUGGCUGUGACCGUAUCAGAGCUGCUGAGGUUCCAUCAGACGCGGUCGCCAUUGCAGACGUCCUCGUCGACGGUGCAGAACCACGUGCCUGCUUAGCGCCAGACAAUAUAAUUCCUCCCGGAGAAACUCGUCGACCACAGAGGGAAACGAAAAACGGACGCGGCCACGUUUCCUCCGAUCGCGCGUGGAGACGAUCGUGACUUCCGGUUCGAAACCGGGGGACCGCCUGACGGCCAUUGCCGGUCUCUCCGUGACUUUUAUACUCCCCUGAAACCGUCAGGUGAAUCUCGCGUCGAGGAUCACUCGACGUUGGACUGCGACCAACCAUGACACACGAGUAGAUUGUACGAAAAAGAAACUUUUGUAUCGGAUGGACGAGCGUAUCUUUGUACCGGAAGAGUAGACGAGAUUAGGGUAACAAAAGUAGCACGCGAUCGCGGAAUCGUGGCUACGUCGAAUCAAAGUGGUUAAUUAAUACGGGAGACACCAUUUUGGGGAUUUUUAGACUUUCGAAAAUUAUUGACAUUUAUUUUCUGAUUGUUUUUGUCUCACCCCAUUCAUUACGAUGAUUAUGAGAUUUUUUAUUUCAUAGAC